AUGUCCAUGAUCGCACGAAGAACCGCCCUCCAGGCCACCCGCCUCUCCUCCCGCCCUGUCUUCCGCCGAAGCUACGCCCAGGCCGGUGCUGGCCCGAUCGCCAAGAAGGAUGUCCUCCAAAAGGGUGCUCGCCGUGAUCCUGAGCUUUACAUCCUCCUCACCAUCAUGACCGGUGCCUUCGCCCUCGCCGGCUGGCAUUUCAGCCGCAACCCUACCUCCUCAUCGUCCGAGAACCCCGUCGCGAAAGCCAAGGACAGCGAACCUUGGAAGACCGGCUCAGAUGCACGCUACCAAUACCACCCCGGAGGUGACCCCAGCCGAGGCCGCAAGGACGCGCCUUCAGCUUUGAACGAGGUCAUUAUUCCAAACGUCAACCUGCCAAAGGAGCUUCACGAGAAGUACAACAAGUGGGGAAAGGAGGGCUACUAG